CUAGAACAAACGUUUAUGACCAUGUGCUGUUUCACUUCAUGCCUACAGCAAAUCUACAAAAUGCAUUUGUAGAUUUGUAGUCAUUAGUUCUGUCGGGAGACAUUUCCUAUGUUUAAUGGCCAUAAAAGAGAGGGAUGCCAAGAGAGGUCUUGCGUUUUGAAGGUCUACUCUCCCCCCGAGGGGUUGACUUUGUGACUCGUGUUGUUAUUUCUGAGCGGAGUGUAACAAAGUAACUCGGAGGAGGAGCAGCAUUAUGAAUGAUCUGGAAGACUAAGCAAACAUGUAUUUUAUCUUUCUUGUCCAAAUUUUUAAAAGGUAACAUUAUAUUUAGUGAGUAUACUAUGGUUUUAAAAUGACAUAUCUAUACCACUCACGCCAGCAACAGUUCCGUUAUAUUCUAUCAAUUGAUUCUGGUCCCUGUCUAUAGUGGUUAUUGUUACACAGAGAAUGUAGGCAUAAAACAAGAGUUAGUAUGUUAUUUCUGCUUAAAUAGCAUUUUUAAGUAAGCCAGUUAGUUUGUUGGAACAGCAGGUAAGGUUGGGGGGGGGGAAGAUAAAUGAGCACCAGGGACUGAGCAUUAAUGAUGGAGGGAUGAAAUUGAGCAUAUGAUCGAAUCGGGUCUGAUGAUAUGCCAGGAUUGUCGAGGUGCAGGAAACCCAGGGAGUGAGACUCAGCGUGGGGGGCUUGUCUUGAUGUGGCUGCAUUGUUUCCCCUUUAGUUCCCAUUAUGAGAUUGUUGUGUUGUUGUGUCAAAAUGUCUGUAUUAACAAGGCAUUUGCAUGACUGACGCAAGUCCUGUCGGCAGUGUUGGAGAGUCGGCUCCCAGUUAAUGGUGCUAACAGCACAAACAACAACAGUGCUGACAGAGCUAAUGGUGUUAACCUGAGGGGGAACAGCAAGUUGGGCGCUACACUUCCAACAGCGUUAUGAGCUGUAAUGAGCUAGCCUUUGGGGGGCACGCUCACAUGCACUUACAUGCACUGGCUAUGUAAAGAAAGCACAAAGAAGCUCGGAGUACAACACGCACACGCACACACACAGAGAAAAAGCGACAUUGAUCUCGAUCUCUGCUCAGGAUGAAGUUACUCCUCUAUAUCUUGAUGUUACAAAUAGUUGUUUGUUGCUUUAUUAAUGCUCUGAGUAUGGUAAAGAGAACCUUUAAGUUUGGUUAAUACCACUAAAGAUAUUUGUUCCAUACGAGGCAACAUGUCCCAGCGGACAUAAAAACAUAUAUAUGAUAAACUACUAAUGUGUAUACAGAGUAACCCUAACAGAGGCCCUCUUCAUGCUGCAUGCUCAUGGAUCAGUUUUUAAAUAUUCUAAUUUGCCCGAAAGUUCUUUGCAGAUCCAGUUUUGCAAACCCAUUAAUGCCUGCACCCACAAAGCUUACUCGACCCAACCUGCACCCAUAGUUGAAUAGGCUCAGAGGUGCUUGCUGGCACAGGCAGUAUAAAUAUAACAUUUGUGCAUCUGGGUACUGUAAGGGCACACUACGGCCUGGUGAAAAUAAAUAAAUGACAAGAUCAUGGUCCAUAUUUUCGAUGCAUGAUGUUCACUUGUGGUUCCGUCUUGUUAGUAACUCUGGUUGCACUCGUACCUCUGAAAUCCAGUGUGUUUUUUUUUGCACAGUGUGAAUACCUUCAUUGCUUAUGCCUCAGUACCAGGAAUUGGCAGCAGCUGUACUUUUCUACAUGCUGGAGAUAAUAACGGGUGGCCCAAUCUUUUCGACAACUAUUUUGGAAUGCCCAGCUAUAACACUGGGACCAAGUCCGAUGUGUGCUUGCUGGGUGUCAUUCCUGAGCUCUGCCAGUGCCGAGACCUGGAGCUGGACUGUGACGGCACAGAGCUUCAAGACAUCCCAGUGGUGGCAAUGAAUGUCACCAUGAUGUCGCUACAAAGGAACCGGCUCCAGAAACUGAAAGCAAACACAUUCUCCCAGUACCAGAGCCUAAAAAAACUAUAUCUCCAGCACAACAGAAUUCGAGAUGUGAGUCCUGACGCAUUCAGAGGGCUCUAUAAUCUAACAAGACUAUAUCUGAGCUAUAACAAGAUAUCUGUCCUCAUGCCGGGGGUGUUCCAGGACCUGCACAAGCUGGAGUGGUUGAUCCUAGAAAAUAACGAUAUCCAUCAAAUAUCGUCCUUGACAUUCUCCGGACUGAACUCCCUCGUUUUACUGGUUAUGAUGAACAACUCUUUGGCAAAGCUGGAUGACAUCUGUCGGGAAAUGCCAAGAUUGAACUGGCUGGAUUUGGAAGGAAAUCUAAUUGAAAACAUUGGAAAUGUCUCAUUCUGCUCAUGCAGUAUGCUGACAGUUCUUGUUCUACAGCAGAACAGGAUCAGCCAUAUACACGAACACGCUUUUUCAGUCCUACAAAAGCUUGGAGAAUUGGAUCUAUCCAGCAACAGACUGGUGGCGAUCCCUCCCAAUCUUUUUGUCUUGCUGGGGGAUUUGUUGCAACUAAAUAUAUCAUACAAUCCCAUCGUGGAGCUCCAAGUUGACCACUUUGACAAGUUGCAUAAACUUAAGUCAUUGAGCAUAGAAGGGGUAGAAAUUGGAAACAUACAACGGAGGAUGUUUGAACCUCUCAAAUACUUGACUCAUAUCUACUUCAAGAAAUUCCAGUACUGCGGCUACGCUCCUCAUGUGCGCAGCUGCAAACCCAACACCGACGGCAUCUCGUCCUUCGAGGACCUGCUGGCCAACAUCGUGCUGAGGGUCUUCGUGUGGGUGGUCUCUGCCACCACCUGCUUCGGCAACAUCUUCGUCAUCUGCAUGCGCUCGUACAUCCGAUCAGAGAACAAACUCCAUGCCAUGUGCAUCAUUUCUCUCUGCUGUGCAGACGGACUGAUGGGUAUCUACCUCUUCAUGAUUGGUGCGUAUGAUCUGAAGUUCCGCGGCGAGUACAACCGGCACGCUCAGGCCUGGAUGGACAGCAGCCAGUGUCAGGUCAUCGGCUCUUUGGCCAUGCUGUCCACUGAGGUAUCCGUCCUUCUCCUCACUUACCUCACUCUGGAGAAAUACAUCUGCAUCGUCUACCCUUUCCAGUACUUGACACCUGGCUGGAGACGAACUGUCACCAUCCUUUUGGGGAUAUGGCUGUUUGGCUUUAUUAUUGCCCUUCUGCCGCUGGUCUGCAAGGGGCUAUUUCGCAACUUCUACGGGACUAAUGGAGUUUGCUUCCCGCUGCACUCAGAGCAGCCAGAGACACUUUGGGCUCAUGUUUACUCCAUCGUCAUUUUCCUGGGUCUAAACUUGGUGGCAUUCCUCAUCAUUGUCUUAGCCUAUGCAAGCAUGUUCUAUAACAUCCAGAGAACAGGGACUCAGACCACUAAAUACAGCAACCACAUCAAGAAAGAGGUUACCAUCGCCAAAAGGUUCUUCUCUAUCGUCAUCACGGACUCCCUCUGCUGGAUCCCCAUUUUCAUCCUCAAGAUCCUGUCACUGCUGCAGGUGGAGAUUCCCGGUACCAUCAGCUCAUGGGUGGUCAUUUUUAUUCUGCCCAUCAACAGUGCCCUUAACCCCAUCCUGUACACUCUGACCACACGGCCUUUCAAAGAGACCAUUCUGCAGGUAUGGGCUAACUACAGGCAGAAGAGGCCUCUGCUCAGCGGUCACCCACCUCAUCAUCCGUCGCUCACCUGGCAGGAAAUGUGGCCCCUGCAGGAGAACAGCCACGGCCUCGCCACGGACCGUCCGCUGGCCACGACCGGCACGAUAGCCAACCUCGCCCCUGUGGAAAAUACCAACAAUGACAUUACCACAUGCACAAAUCAACUACAGAAGCAGCAUACAUUGUUGUGAGUAGAUUCAAGGAAACAAUGCCAAACACACUUAGAAACACCCACACAUACACAAACUCUUUUCAGAGUCAACUAAACCGAUUAAUUGUGAUUCAGGUUAAUUCAUCUCAUUAAAAACAGUCCUUGAUUUGUGCCCAUGUUUCUCUGUAGUGUUUAAAAAUAAUUAAUAUUCAUUAGUACAGUAUCUCAUUAGAAAUCUCAAUGUGUGCAUGUCUUGCCCAAGCAGCGGCCAUAACGGCAAUGGAUGAAGUCAGUGCAGAAAUCCCUUAUGUGGCACAGCAGCUCCUCUAAUAAAGACUAAUGUCGGCUUCCAAAAGAUAUCCAUCAAUACAGAGCUGAAGCCAUGCCCACUUAUGGUUUGGCUUUUGUUCCACUAGCUUUCAUUGAUCAGUUUAGUUUCUCACAGAGGACAUCUUUCUGAAAGCUGAGUAUUCUGUCCAUAAUCUCAGCUGAAUAUUCAUCUAGUAUUAUAUUGGGAAAUAAAGUUUGGCCAACUUAAUUUCUAACAGUGAUUAGAGAAUUGAAUCCAAUAACUACAACUCCCAUUAACCAUUUGACAGUACCUCUGUGGUUAAGACACUUUAAAUGUUGCUGUUUUACACUAACAAAGUAAACAUUCUUCACUUUGGAAACAGGAGUUUGACCAAAAAUAAAAAUCUAGAUUCAUUCAAUAGCUUUUUCCGGGGCUUUUAAGCACAGCUUCCGGUUUUCCUCGUGGAGUUUACUACACUGUGUUCAAAAAGUAAGUGUUUGUACUAGCCAGACAGUAGUAGAAUGUAUUUAUUUUGUUUAUAUAAUAUGGACAAAACAACAUUAUCCUGAUAAGCGAAAAAAACAUGGGAGAUGUAUUGCAAAACACCAUAGCAAAGAGUGUUUAUGUUCCACAAAUGUUUGUAAAUAUUUAGAAUCAAACAUCAAUAGGCAACGUAUGAGGAACUAAAAAUGACUAUCGAGUAUGAGUAUUUGUAGCUCAUUAUGCUGCUCACGAUAAUAACAUUAAACUGUCAUUUCGUUAUGAAAUUUUGCAGCAAGUUUAUGGUAGUUCUGCAUGUCUUUGUCCAGGCCCUGAGCUUGGGUGUAUUAUGGGAACAUUGUGUGACAAGAAAAAAUGUGCAGCUAAAGGCUUUGAAUUGUCAGAAUUGCAGGAAUUACAUGGAUUACAUUGAUUUUUCUUUUUUUGUUUAAUCGGUCACUGAGAUGUUUUACUGAAGAACUCAGGAGGGUGAAUCGACCCUGUUAUGCCUUUCUCUUUUCAAAAGUGCAUUGGUAUCAGCAGCAUACAUUUCAUGCUGAUAGCUCGAUCUCAUAUUGAUAAUAAUUCAUGCAACCUUCUUGCAGCAAAGAACAUUUUUACAUCAAUGUAACUUUCUAUGUUUUCAUCCAGUCUGCUAAGACGGGAUAAAAGGCCGACUCUUUUAUUCUGCAUUCGGUCUUUAGUGUUUUCUGUGUUGCCUCUGCCACCAAAAAAUAUUUUAUAUACAUAUUGAAUGUAAUGUAUGAGCCAUUUCCAGUAUGUUAAACAAAGAAUGUACUUAAUGUGGGCAGAAGAAAGUUCCCCAGCUGGUCUGGGGUUUUUAACCACUACACCACACCUCACAUUCUUUUUACAAUGAUCUGUACAGUGAAGACAUUUGUAAAAUGAUCAUAAACUGUACACAUACUUUGUUCAAUGAAAUGCUGAUUCCUGUGGAAAUAUAUCCUUUCAGUCAUUGUAACUGUAUGAAUAGUUAGUGAAACAUUAUGUGUGCCAUUUGUGUUUACAUAACAUUCCCAUACAUGCUGAAAAGACAAGGAAGCCAGCGGUUUCUUUGUAGAUAUACUGAUAAUAUGUGCAAGCUUAUAUUAAAUAUUGAUGGGGGAAAUGUUUUUAAACAUGUGUUAUCAUUUUAUUUGUUGUCUUGACUUAUGUCUAAACUUUACAAUGGUAGUUUUUUUUGUAUUUCUGUUUUUCUUGAAACGUAGACAAUAAAUAUAU